UGUUUGCUCAAGCGAGCUGUUGGAUGCAGGGGGAUCCCGGCUCUUCCUGCAUGAACCUGAAACCUCUUCUGUAGGCACCAUUUUUCACCACCACAACACUUAACCUGUCGUCCAUGCGGUCUUUCAUCCAGCUGGAGGCCCCGGUCGAACCCCCAUUCUCUGUGUGGAGUUAGAGGAGUGCCUGACUGUACACACGGAGCACAAACAACCUGGGUUUACCUUAUCUGAGACGGAAGCACGAGGAAGGUUGAAAAGUGAAGCACUUCUCUUUUAUUUGCGCCCAUCUGUUUGUGUGCUGGACUUUCAGGACUCGAGAAAUCGCAUUUUGGUUUGAGGUGUAAAAAAAUAUGGAGAAACUGAGCUAAAGAUGGGAUCGGUGUUGUCAUACUUUGGCGGGUUGUGUGGCGAGAAGAAAGCGAUAGAGGAGGAGAGAUUCUUACGAGCCAACGACAGGCCUUUCAACCUCGCUUAUAAAUAUGCUAACAAUGCCAUCAAGACCUCCAAAUACAACAUCAUCACCUUCCUGCCGCUCAACCUCUUCGAGCAGUUCAGGAGGCUCGCUAAUGCCUACUUCUUCUUCCUCUUUUGCCUUCAGCUAAUUCCUCAAGUCUCGUCUCUCUCCUGGUUCACCACGGCUGUGCCUCUGGUUUUGGUGCUGUCUAUAACUGCAGUUAAAGAUGCUAACGAUGACAUAAACAGACACAAAAACGACAAACAAGUCAAUAACCGCAUGGUGGAGGUCCUCGUCGAUGGAGAACUGAAAAAGGAAAAAUGGAUGAAUGUCGAGGUCGGGGACAUAGUCAAACUGGGGAGUAAUGAGUUUGUCACAGCAGAUCUUCUGUUGCUGUCCAGCAGUGAACCUCUGAAUCUGGUCUACGUGGAAACAGCAGAGUUAGAUGGUGAAACCAAUCUGAAGGUGAAACAGGCCCUGACUGUAACUGGAGAUAUGGGAGACUGCAUCGAAGUGCUGGCUAACUUCAAGGGUGAAGUAAAAUGCGAGCCACCUAACAACCGUCUAGACAAAUUCAGGGGGAACCUGACAGUGAACCAACAAACCUACUCUUUGGACAACGACAAAGUGCUGCUCAGAGGGUGCACCCUCAGGAACACAGAGUGGUGCUUUGGCGUGGUCAUUUUUGGAGGUCCUGACACCAAGCUAAUGCAGAACAGUGGAAAGACUUCAUUCAAACGGACGAGCAUCGACCAUCUGAUGAAUGUCCUGGUGUUGUGUAUCUUUGGUUUCCUGGCAUUUAUGUGCACCGUUCUUUCCAUUGGCAAUGCAAUCUGGGAAGCCCAUGAAGGAUCCAACUUCACAGCGUUUCUUCCUCGUGAGCCAGGCAUUGACACUGGUCUCUCAUCGUUCCUCACCUUCUGGUCCUACGUCAUCGUCCUCAAUACAGUGGUGCCCAUCUCUCUCUACGUAAGUGUGGAGAUCAUCCGGCUGGGGAACAGCUUCUUCAUAGACUGGGAUAGGAAGAUGUAUUAUCCAAAGAAUGACACUCCAGCCCAGGCGAGGACCACCACGCUCAAUGAGGAGCUGGGACAAAUCAAAUACAUCUUCAGCGACAAAACCGGGACUCUUACACAGAAUAUCAUGACUUUCAACAAGUGCACCAUUAAUGGAAAAGCUUAUGGGGAGCUGUUUGACUUUGCUGGACAAAGGGUGGAAAUAACAGAGAAAACGGAGAAGGUGGACUUCUCCUGGAACCGUCUGGCAGAUCCAAAAUUCGUCUUUCACGACCACAGCCUGAUGGAGACAGUGCGAGAGGGAAGCCCAGAGGCUCAGGACUUCUUCCGCUUGCUGGCUCUGUGCCACACCGUCAUGCCCGAGGAAAAGAAAGAGGGAGAGCUCUACUACCAGGCUCAGUCACCGGAUGAGGGCGCUCUAGUAACCGCAGCGAGAAACUUCGGGUUUGUUUUCCGCUCACGCACACCGGAGACCAUCACUGUCAUGGAGAUGGACAGACACGUGAACUAUGAACUUCUGGCUGUUCUGGACUUCAAUAAUGUACGGAAGAGGAUGUCGGUAAUAGUGCGUAACCCAGAGGGCAAGCUGACUCUGUACUGCAAAGGGGCAGACACCAUCAUCUAUGAGCGACUGCACCCCUCCUGCAACAAGCUGAUGGAAGUUACCAGUGGACACCUUAGCGAGUAUGCGGGCGAUGGCCUCCGUACGCUGGUUCUGGCUUCCAAGGAACUAGAUGAGAGGUACGUGGACGACUGGAUGCAGCGCCACCAUGAGGCCGUCAUCGCCAUGGACGGGAGAGAGGAAAAACUUGAUGAACUUUAUGAAGAGAUGGAGAAGGAUAUGAUGUUGUUGGGAGCGACAGCUGUGGAGGACAAGUUGCAAGACGGUGUGCCACAGACCAUUGAGCAGCUGUCUAAAGCUGACAUCAAAAUCUGGGUAUUGACUGGGGAUAAACAAGAAACCGCAGAGAACAUUGGCUACUCUUGCAACAUGCUAAGAGAAGAGAUGAAGGAGGUUUUCGUGGUAGCAGCCAACACGGCUGAAGAAGUCGAGGAGGAGCUACGAAACGCACGAAGGAAAAUGUGUCCAGAAGCACCAGACAAGGCAACUGUGAUCAGGAGUCGUGCGGGCCUGUUUUGGCUUGAGAAGACAAAGACUGUGGAGGACGAGAAAGUGGACGGACAAUAUGGCCUGAUUAUAAACGGGCACAGUUUGGCCUUUGCGUUGGAGAAGGGCAUGGAGCUAGAGCUGCUGAGGACAGCGUGCAUGUGUCAGACCGUGAUUUGCUGCAGGGUCACCCCUCUGCAGAAGGCCCAGGUGGUCAAGCUGGUCAAGAAAUACAAGCAGGCCGUCACUCUUGCCAUUGGAGACGGCGCCAAUGACGUUAGCAUGAUCAAGGCUGCUCACAUCGGGGUGGGUAUCAGUGGGCAGGAGGGGAUGCAGGCGGCCCUCUCCAGCGACUUCUCCUUCGCCCAGUUCCGCUACCUUCAGCGCCUCCUGCUGGUGCACGGCCGCUGGUCGUACAUACGCAUGUGCAAGUUCCUCCAGUAUUUCUUUUACAAGAACUUCACCUUCACCUUCGUGCACUUCUGGUAUGCCUUCUUUUGCGGCUUCUCUGCGCAGACUGUGUAUGAUGAGUGGUUCAUUACCCUGUACAACAUGGUUUACACAGCUCUACCUGUCCUCGGCUUGAGCCUCUUUGACCAGGAUGUAAAUGAUCGUUGGAGCUUCCAGUAUCCUCAGCUCUACGUUCCGGGCCAGCUGAACAUGUACUUCAGUAAGAAAGCCUUUGUGCAAUGUGCGUUGCACAGCGGCUACAGCUCCCUCGUCCUCUUUUUUAUCCCGUGGGCUGCCAUGCACGACACGGUCAGAGAUGACGGCAAAGACGUCGCAGACUAUCAGUCCUUCGCUUUACUGGCGCAGACCUGCCUGCUCAUCGUGAUGAACACGCAGCUAUGCCUGGACACCCAUUACUGGACAGCUGUGAACCAGUUUUUCGUGUGGGGCAGCCUGGCAGCCUAUUUCGCCAUCACGUUCACCAUGUACAGCAACGGCAUGUUCCUCCUCUUCACCUCCGCUUUCCCCUUCGUCGGCACGUCAAGAAACUCUUUGAACCAGCCGAAUGUGUGGCUCACCAUAUUCCUGACCUCCCUCCUCUGUCUUCUACCCGUCGUGGCUUUCCGCUUCAUUCGCAUACAGCUUCGCCCCACCAUCAACGACAAGGUGAGAUACAAGGUGCGAAGGGAGGCCCUGCCGGCGCCCGCUCCUCGCCGACCACCCGCCAGGCGCGUCAGCACGCGUAAGUCGGGCUACGCCUUCUCCCACUCCCAAGGCUACGGUGAUCUGGUCACGUCUCGCAAGUUCCUCCUGAAGCGAGUGGUGAGGCCUCGGCAGGUCAUUUUCGCACAAACGGACUCCCCCCUGGCUCAGAACCAGCCGCAGCACUACCGCACCAUAGCUGAGGAGCCAGAGGUGACAAAGAAUGUCAGCUGGGAGUUAUGAAGCCACAAUGAAGAGUGGAUAGUCGUGUUGUUCUUUUGGUUUUUUAGAGUCACUACCUGGAUGGUUUCCAGGUCAAACUUUUACACAGGCAUUACAGAAAGUCAUGAUGUUUUAUAAGGAAUAAAUAUAGUAUUACAGUCUUAAAGGACCACAUUGAUGGUUUUACAUGUCUUAGCUUAAAAAUAUAGUCAGUAUAAAAUAUAUAUAUUAUUGCAUUUUUAAAUUUGGUGUUUAAAAUGCUUGUGUAUUUUGUUUCUGGCUGGAGGUCUGGCACCGUUUCCCCCUGGUCAGUUUUUCAAAGCCUGAUUCCAGGUCUUGCGCUGUCGCACUCCACGAAACAGCAUGAACAUUUAAUUGCCUUAACUAUGUUUUUUCCCCCCCAGUUUUUGAGAACCAUUUCUGUAAUAUGUGUGACAAGUCCUGUGAAAAGAAAAAAAAGAGAUUCAAUUCACAUUAUUUUACAAACUGGUGGUUUUGUCGCUUGCACGCAAAGUCUGAUUUUCCAACAACAGAGCUCACAAGUGUCAUGUUCCUCCAUCCCUGCGUCGUCAAUUGUGCACAACUAAAUACAAUAAAAUGAAAGAUUUCUAUUUUUUUUUUUUUUUUUUACUGUAAAAUAAGCAAUCACAACAGUUAUGUGAAAAGUACCAAAGGGGGGAUAUUAACUGUGCGCUGAAUAUUAACAGUUGACUCUGAAAUUUCAGAAGUCAACAUGAGCCUGACGCACUGACAAGGUGAAAUUAAAAAAAAAAAAAAAAAAAAAAGUCUGAUUGUGUGUAUUUGAUUUAACAAACAGAGGUGGAAGGGUCACCUUCUUUAUCUUAAACGUGAAAUAAACUAAUAUUAAAAGCGGCCUGGCAGGUACAAGCGUGUGUGAUAAGCAGUGAUAACUGGCCAUAGAUACUGUAGAUACUGCUUAAAAAAAAAAAAAAAAAAACAUUAUGUACAGUGAGAUUAAUUUUGCCUCUUGCACACCCUCUUUUUUAUAUAAAGUUUGUUAGUUAAAUUAAAAAAUAAAUGAAUUUAAAACUUGACACUAGCUGAUGAGGAGGACUUGGAUUACUACACGGAUUCCAACACUGUCAGUCUGAGGUAAAACUGUGAUUCCUGUUUCUACGAUCAUCUUUUUUUUUUCUCUCGUUCUGUUGAAAUGUAUUGUUUACAAGAAGAUUUCUGGACUUAAUUUUAUAACUGUCGUCAUGUGUUAACAUGUGUUAAUAAUCUGUCUGUUCUUUUAAUGUUCAGUCAUUCGUGAACGUAUGGUUUGACCUGACACCCGGACGGUAACAGUGUUUCUGAAGCACAGCCAGGGGUCAGUGUUGUUACCGUAGCUGUGUCACGCUCUAGGGCCACAGAGCCCAACGUACGGCUCAUUAAAUCCUGAAAGUUCUGUUAUGAUGUACCUCGCUGAAAAAUAUGGCACGGACUAAAGGCUGUAAGAAAUUUGAAACUGAAUUUGCCACAUUUUUGUGUGGUAGCUCAUCUGUUAAUAAAACCAACUCACAAA